UGUGAAUGUGUUAAGGGAAAUAGAUAUAAUUCCAAAAAUAAAUAAACAAAUAGUAAAAUGUUAGAAAGCGGAAAUAAAAAUCAAUAAUUUAGGGUUUGAAGUCCACAGGCUGGAUUGGAUGGAGGUUGAACGGAUUCCAACUCUACGCUGAUCUAAAAAAUCUUGAGAGAGAAAGAGAGAAACUAUAAUUAAAGAUUCCAUUUAAUUUCUUCAAAUUUUUCUUCUUUUCGACUUGCUUUGCUGUGAAACCCAUCUCCAUAAGUUUUCUCCUUUCUAAGGAAAGGAAGAAGAAGGUGGAAGGCUUAUCAAAACCCUCAUCACAAAAUCCAAUUAACUGCUCUCUCCCCGAAAAUUUCUCUCGAGGGUUUUUUUUUUGCUUCGUUACUACGGUUACAUUGUUGUCUUCCUCCUUCAUUUCAAGGGUUCCUCUUUCUGCUCUGUGAUCCACUGAUCCUUCAAUUUCAGCAGCCUCUUGAUACCUUUGAAGCAAUUUGAACUUUUGUUUUCCAGAUCCGUCUUAGCUCUUGUUUGAGAAUGGCGGAUUUGAUACCGUUCUACCUCAAUAUCGUGGCAUUUCUAUGUACUGCUGGAGCCAUUGCUUUGGCAAUCUUUCAUAUCUACAGGCACCUCUUGAAUUACACGGAGCCAACUUAUCAGAGAUAUAUCGUACGCAUCGUUUUCAUGGUCCCGGUUUAUGCCUUCAUGUCAUUCUUGUCUCUUGUGCUACCAAAACGCUCGAUAUAUUUUGAUUCCAUACGAGAAGUUUAUGAAGCAUGGGUCAUUUACAAUUUCCUAUCACUGUGUUUGGCAUGGGUUGGAGGUCCAGGGUCUGUAGUGCUAAGUUUAAGCGGCCGCUCUCUAAAGCCAUCUUGGUCUCUCAUGACAUGUUGCUUUCCGCCAUUAACAUUGGACGGGCGUUUUAUUCGGCGAUGCAAGCAAGGUUGUCUGCAGUUUGUAAUUUUGAAGCCUAUCCUAGUUGCUGUCACACUUGUUCUUUAUGCGAAAGGGAAAUACAAGGAUGGGAAUUUUAACCCUGAUCAAGCAUAUCUCUAUCUUACUAUCAUCUAUACCAUAUCCUACACAGUGGCCUUGUACGCACUUGUGCUGUUUUACAUGGCAUGCAGAGAUCUGCUCCAGCCAUUCAAUCCAGUCCCAAAGUUUGUGAUCAUCAAGUCUGUGGUCUUUCUAACAUAUUGGCAGGGUGUUCUAGUUUUUCUUGCUGCAAAAUCUGGAUUCAUAAAGGGCGCAGAGGAAGCGGCUCAUUUUCAGAAUUUUAUAAUAUGUGUCGAGAUGCUUAUUGCUGCCGCAUGCCAUUUCUAUGCUUUCCCAUACAAGGAGUAUGCCGGUGCCAAUGUUGGUGGAUCUGGCAGUUUCUCAGGGAGCCUGUCACAUGCUGUCAAACUAAAUGACUUCUAUCAUGACACUGUUCAUCAGUUUGCUCCUACUUAUCACGAUUAUGUGCUCUAUAACCAUAACGAUGGUGGUGACGAGGGGACAAAGAAGUACCGGUCGAGGACUUUUGUGCCAACUGGCCAAGAGAUGGAUGCAAUGAGAAAGAACAAACCCGUGUAUGCAAACAAGAUAGAUGGCGUUUCGGUCUCAAGUAGUCUAUCUUCAGGGGCAAGCUCGCCGAAAAGCUCUAGCGUAACUUCUGAUCCUGCACGCUCUGAUGCUGCGAAAUCUUCCUUGCUUGUGAAUGCCUCGGAUUCUCUUGAUACAAUGUAUGAUAUGUCGCUCAUUGACAUUGAUAUAUCUAGUUUCCCCAGCAACGUCCCCUCUGCAAAUGAAAGUGGACCUAGAUAGGAGCAGAAAGAACAAAAAAGAAGAUGUAGAAAGCACCAUUUAAAAGGACAAGAUGUGCUCCUAAUAGCUGGAUUCAGAUGAAUCUUCUCAGGUGUGUUCUUAGUCGGAAGAUGUUAGUAGGAGACUUGAGGAUAAAUGAAAAAGCUUUUAUACCAAUUUGCCUUCAUAGCUUUAUAUGGAACUUCUCCUUAAUUGCUUCUCGAGCUUGUGAAUUGCUUUGCAGCGCGAGAAACAUUCUUGGAAUACAUGUAAUUAGAUAAGUUGCAAGAGUGUUUUAGUGUUUACAUAUCGAGUGUUCUUGGCAUCACUUUCUCAAGUUUGAGAACAUAUAUAAUAAACAAAGCCCUUAAGACUCUUAAUGGCUAAAGCUAAGGAUGAGAUGUUGAGCUUGUGUGCCUAACACUAUUGUUUUACC